AUGAGCAAAUCUGUCCGUUUCGAAGAUGACGGUGACUGGGAGGAUGUCUCCCAGGGUGAAAAUGGCGAGAAUGAAAAUGAGGAGCUCACAAUUCAGGAAGAGUAUGCGCUCUGGAGAAAGAACUGUCGGUACAUGUACGACUUUAUUAGUGAAACUGCCCUCACAUGGCCUUCUCUUUCUGUUCAAUGGGUUCCCAAAGGCUCGCUCUGGAACGAUACUGGUAGAGUCCGCGAUAUGUUGAUUACAACCCACACUUCUGACGAUUCGCCCAACCACCUCAAACUGGCCUCAUUGGAGUUCCCCGCAUCAGUUUUUGGUGAAGAGAGUGAUGAGAAGACAAGUUCCAGACUGAGGGUUUUCAAAAAAUACAAACAAAACCACGAGAUCAACAGGGCAAGAUACAGGCUUGGAGAACCCAAUGUGGUGGCUACUAUCAAUGACCAGGGUGAAGUUUUCGUGUACCAUCUUACCAAAAGCGAUGAGGAUAUUGUAGUUCAGAGUCUAAAACACCAUACUUUGAACGGAUAUGGAUUAAGCUGGAAUCCUAUAGUUCAGAACCAGCUUUUGACUGCCUCAGACGAUCAGACCGUGGCUCUUUGGGACGUAAGUUCCACCGAAACCGAACUGAGUCCUGUCGAAGUGUUCAAGCAUCACUCUGGAAUUGUUAAUGAUGUCCAAUGGCACAAGUUCGAUGCCAAUCUGUUCGGUUCCGUCUCAGACGAUAAAACUUUCAAGCUGUACGAUGUGAGGGCAAAGAACGUCGCUUCUACGAUUGAUUUCCCGGAAAUCAUGAACUCAGUGGCAUUCUCAGGAUUCUCAAGGAAUUUGUUCGCCGUUGGAGGUGAGGACCACAACGUUUCUCUGUUUGACUUACGCCAAACGCAGAGAGCACUACAUGUGAUGAUGGGCCAUACCGCCUCAAUCACCGGUCUGCAGUGGGAUCCACACCAUGAAAACGUGCUCGCCUCGGGAUCUCAGGACAGAAGGGUGAUUUUGUGGGAUAUCACCAAAAUCGGAGAGGAGCAACCCCAGGACGAGCUCGAUGACGGAGUUCCCGAGCUGUUGAUGAUGCAUGGAGGCCACACCGGCGCCAUCAACGAUUUCGACUUUAGCCCUGAAGUGCCAUGGUGUUUGGCGAGUUGCUCAGAUGACAAUAUUGUCCAUGUCUGGAAAGUCAGCGACAAACUUGUAAACGAACAGGAUGAAGAGAGUGAGCUGAAAACGAUCGAUCUAGAGUAG